AUGGAGGAUUCGGUGGGCGAGGCGGAGAGGAGGGAGCAGGAGGAGGCCAUGGCGCAGGGGAAGAAGCGCGGGCGAGAGGAAGAGCAGGAGGCCGGCGUUGGUCGCGCGGUGGAGGGGAAGGCGGAGGUGGCGGUGGCUGAGGAGGGCGGGUUUCUCAGCAGCAUGGCGUCCAAGAUCGGCGUGGCCAUGUCGGGUGCUAACGGGAGCGGCGGCGCUGGGGACACCGGCGAACGCAAUGGCAACGGCAACAGGAGCGCGCUUGCUGCCUCUGACGGCAACGGGGAGAAGGCGGCCGGCAAUGGCAUCUUCCACAAGCUGCUGUCCAGCUCGUCUCCCUCCCCGCCGGCCACAGAGGAGGAGAAUAGGGGAGGGAAAGACGAGGACGAAGGCGGCGAGCAGGCCGGGAUACUGAGCGCCAUGGCUUCCAAGAUCGGCAUGGCCAUGUCUGGCAAUGGGACCCACGGCGGCGGCGGGGAAGAUGUUGAUCACGGUAUAGGUGAGGACGAGGACAAGGAGAAGGAGACGGGAGGCGACGAGCCGAGCUCCAACGGCGGUGGGCUCGUUAAGCAGAUCAUGUCCAACCUCCCCACUUCAGAAACUAGGGGGCCCGAUGCUGAGGAGGCCUCCCUGCUCAUCUCCAUCAUCGACGACUAG